AUGGAGUCGGGGUCUAUGCAGGGCAGAUCGGAAUCUGCUGCUGCUCCGCAUAAGCUGAAAGAAGAAGACACGACGCUUGCGACACCGCUCCGCGGAGACUCCACAAGCACAUCUUACAACGACAACCACGGCAUCUCCUUGCGCGAAGUUGAUCCCGUUUCUGUGCGAUUGGAACACCUCACAGUUUCAGUCGAUGAAUCGCCAAAUGCCUUUACUCGCGCCUUCUCGAAGCAGAAGUCGUCAUCGGAUCACAAGCAUGUCAAGACUAUACUUAACGAUAUAUCGGCGGACAUGCCAUCUGGAAGCCUCACAGCCAUCAUAGGGGGAAGUGGAAGUGGAAAGACAUCAUUACUCAACUCUAUGAGCGGGCGCUUAGCAGUGGGAAAUCGGCUGGCUACUUCGGGCCGGACACUUUUCAAUGGUAGCGAGGAUGCAUCGCGCAUCAGAAGCGCAUACGUCAUCCAACAAGACAUUCUCCUUCCGACAUUGACUGUUAGAGAGACCUUGACCUACGCUGCCCAACUACGACUACCCUCUUCGGUCGACAACAAAGAGAAGAAGCAGCUGGUUGAAGAAGUCAUCUUGGAGCUGAGCCUGAAAGAAGCUGCAGAUACGAGGAUCGGGAAUAAUGCGCACAAGGGUUGCAGUGGUGGAGAAAAGAGAAGGACAAGUAUUGGAGUUCAGCUCUUAUCAAACCCUUCUCUACUAUGGCUGGAUGAGCCAACCACCGGACUUGACUCAACAAGUGCCUUUCAGGUGAUCAAGACCCUACAGAAUCUUGCUCGAAAUGGGCGGACCAUCAUUGUUACCAUCCACCAGCCGCGUUCUGAAAUAUGGGAUCUGUUCGACAAUGUAGUCCUUCUAUCCCGGGGCAGCCCUGCGUAUGCAGGCAGCGCGAAAGACUGCCUUCCAUACUUUGCGAAGCUGGGUCACGAAAUGCCUCCAUUCACUAACCCAGCUGAAUAUCUUAUCGACGUUGUCAGUGUCGAUAACCGGAGCGUGGAGGCAGAGAAGGCGGCCCAAGAUCGAGUUGGUCGCGUGAUAGAGGUGUGGCGGUCGCAUUGCAGUAACAACCUUCAAGAAAAGCAUGAAUCAACCACCCCAGCCACGACUGUGGCGAAUACAGAACGGAAGAAGCAACGUGCCAGUCAGACAUCACUUAUGCAGCAGACACGCGUACUUACCGCCCGCACGUGGACUGUGACAAUUCGUGACCCUAUGGGCAUGUUUGGAAGUCUUGUUGAAGCCAUCGGGAUGGCGGUCAUCACAGGAUGGAUCUUUUUGCAACUCGACGGUUCACUAUCUGGCAUACGAUCGCGACAAGGAGCCCUGUAUAACGCAGCUGCGCUGCAAGGAUAUCUGAUUCUACUCUACGAGACAUACCGGCUUACAACCGAUAUCCAAUUGUUCGACGAAGAGGCGCGACAAGGUGUUGUCAGCAUACCGGCCUUUCUCAUGUCAAGACGACUGGCUCGAAUCUUGAUCGAAGAUAUACCCGUACCUCUCAUCUUCUCGCUCAUCUAUUAUUUCUUCUGCGGCUUUCGCGCGGAUGGCGGCCAAUUCCUCACGUUCUUCGGGAUCAUACUGCUGCACCAGUAUAUCGCGGUGUGCUUCGCGAUGACCUGUGUCGCCUGCUCAAGACACUUCGCUGGAGCGAGUUUGGUAGCUAAUCUGGCAUAUACUCUACAAUCGAUGGCAUGCGGUUACUUCAUCCAGUCGAACACGAUCCCCAUCUACGUACGCUGGACCAAGUGGAUAGCAUAUGUCUUCUACGCCUUCGGAGCAUUAUGCGCCAAUGAGUUCACUGGCUCAUUCUAUGACUGUCCAUUGGAGGGUGGGCGAUCAAAUCCAGCCUGCAAAGAAUAUGACGGCGACUUCAUCAUGGACUCCCUUGGUUUCCCAGACAACUGGGUUUGGAGACCGAUACUUGCCCUUCUUGGUUUCGCCAUUGCCUUCUACAUCGGAGCAGGAGUGUUGCUCAAGUUCUGGAACGCCGAGAUCGCUAUGGCUCGUGCAAGACCCUCUAACAUGGACGCCUCAGCUGGUAAAGAGAAGAUGAGCGAGCAUGUAGCAGAUAAUGUCAGAACGAUCGAUAUUCGGUUGGAGGGCUACGGGAUGGAUGUUGAGAAACGCUCAUUACGAAAGCGCUGGACGAAAACUAUCCUCAAGCCGCUUACCGCCGACUUUUUCCCUGGGUCGUUGAAUGUCAUCAUGGGGCCUUCGGGUUCUGGAAAGACAUCACUACUGAAUAGCAUGGCGAUGAGACUCAAUGACGAUACAUCGACGCGGUACAAGCAGUACGGCUCCAUGAGCUACAAUGGCCUAAUCCCAGCCCAAGAAGUCGUUCAUUCGAUCUGUUCUUUCGUCACACAGGAUGACGAUGCACUGUUGGCGUCAUUAACAGUGCGCGAGACGCUUCGUUAUGCAGCUGGCCUGCGACUUCCGAAGUGGUUGUCGAGAGAGCAGAAAACCCAGAAAGCUGAGGAAAUUUUGCUGAAGAUGGGCCUCAAGGACUGUGCAGACAACCUCGUUGGUAACGACAUUAUUAAAGGCAUCAGUGGCGGUGAAAAGCGCCGAGUUACGAUUGCUGUUCAGAUCCUCACUGAGCCACGCGUCUUGUUGCUUGAUGAGCCGUUAUCAGGAUUGGAUGCUUUCACGGCACUGUCCAUCAUGGAUGUGCUCCGUGGUCUGGCUCAAGAAGGUCGCACACUUAUAGUCACGAUUCACCAGCCGCGCAGCGAUCUCUUCGCUCAUUUCGGCAACAUUCUGCUGCUUGCUCGUGGUGGACAUCCCAUCUAUGCCGGUCCUGCCGACGGCAUGUUAACCCAUUUUGCCAAUCUUGGCCACGAAUGCCCACGUCAUGUCAACCCAGCUGAUUUCGCGCUCGAUCUGAUUACUGUUGACCUUCAGCACGAGAGACGCGAGGCGGCCAGUCGGAAGAAAGUACGCAAGUUGGUCGAAUCGUGGAAUGCUAGUGUCUACCCUGUCGCUCGAAAUGGGUCAAUUACAACACCAGCAGAACUGGGAAGUAUGGCACGCGAACCAUCGUCUUUUGCUUCAGCAUACUCGAUUCUGAUUCGACGUGCGACGAAGAACAUGUUUCGACAGCCGGAUAUUCUGAUCGCGCGGAUUAUGCAAGUGGUGGGUUUGGGUAUCGUGCUUGCUCUCUAUUUUGCGCCUCUGAAGACCGAUUAUUUCUCCGUACAGAACAGACUGGGGUUCCUCGUGGAAAUUGCACCGCUUUACUUUGUUGGCAUGCUUAACAACAUCGCCGUCUAUCCUAUUGAGAGAGACGUCUUCUACCGGGACUAUGACGACCGCAUCUAUGGUGUUGAAGCCUUUUUCCUCACCUACAUCUCCAUCACUACCCCAUUUGAGAUCAUAAGCUGCCUCGUCUUCUCGGUGCUCGCCGUUUUUGCUGUUGGUUUAGAACGCAAUGCGCAAACUUACUUCAUCAUCACCUUCAACGCCUUCUGUAUUACCAGCUGUGGCGAGAGUCUAGGGAUCGCGUUUAACACGCUCUUUACGCACACUGGCUUCUCGGUAAACUGCAUGUCAGUCUUUCUGAGCGUUGCGCAAGUCAUGGGCGGCGUGUUGUCCCUUGACGUCCCAGACUUCCUGCAGGCUUGGAACCAUCUUUCGCCUGUCAAGUGGGCGGUUGGAAACAUGGCGCCGUAUACGCUACGUGGUCUCAAAUUCACAUGCGAAGACUGGCAGAGGGUUAAUAGACAGUGUCCUAUCCAGACUGGAGAGCAGGUGCUUGACUUGUACAAACUGAACAAGAAUCCGGAGAUGAACCUGAUGGCUUUGGGGAUUUGCGCUAUCGUGUAUCGAUUCCUGGCGUACGUCGUGCUCAAGAUGGUCAAGGAGCGAUGGCUGGGAAGACUAUACAGAAAGCUGGGUGGUGGGAAAAAGAAACAGAUGACUUCGACACCCCAAGCAGAAUAG